AUGGACAGGAAUAAUGCCAAAGAGCUCUACAAGUUUCACCACACGGUCCUGAUCCCCUGCUUCGGAUACCGCGCACCCAACAUCAACGGGAAGCUGGUCCUUGGGGCCAAUAACCUACUGGCCAUCUUGACGUUUAACAUUGCGUAUAAUACUGGUAUCUUCCCGUCAAAGCGGCAGCGCCCUCAGCUAGCUGGCUGCUACCAGCUCCUCUGCUACACCGGUGCGCGACCUGCCGAGAUUAUGCAUGCCAAAAAGAAAAAGCCCAAAGACGGAUGCACGGAAGAGAUUUUCCAGCUCAAAGGCGUCAAGUUAACUAACUAUGAAUGUAGCAAGGACGCAGAGAACGUGGACGAUGACGACCAGCCACCACAAGACAACAACUCUCUUCUCCUCAACAGACUUCUGCUACAGGAAACAGCUGGGCGUGGGCGUCCCAAAGCCCUGUGCUAUGAGGACAUACUGAUGAUGGUUGUUUGCCAUCUGGUGACGGGAUAA